GCUCGAUUGACAGACGGACCUCCGUACACGAAUUUUAGAUAUUCCUCCGCGAGUCAUUUAAAAUCUCCCUGUGACAACUGAUAACGUAUAGCUACAAGGAACUUCAUUGAGAUGAGACGCGCGUUGUUAGGGCUGUUUCUUCUGCCCCUAAUACUGGGGCUUCAGAGUCACCAUUUUGAUCAUGAUGUUGACGUCAAACAUCCAGAAAGCGGAGAACAUGUGAAGCUAAGAAGUAAGGGUCGUUUGAGUGAAACCAUCGACUUGGACAGAGUUCCCGGGAUCAAGAGAGUAAUAUGUCAGGAUCAGAAAAUUUUGAUCGCCAUUGAACAUAAAGGAAUCGGAAAGGAUUGGAAGAAAGGUCAGGUGGUAAUGGGAAGCCCUAAAUGGGACUGUACUCUGAACACACUUCCCGGAAGUCCGUCCACGCAGAGAGGGCUCUACGCCAAAAUUAAGGAAAUCUACUUCCCAACAGAGACGGGCAUUGUUCUUCAUACACGAAGUGUCAGAGCGUUUGAUGUUAUAGACGAGGCGGACAUCAAAUUUCGUUAUACCCCCGGGAACAGCGCCUUUCACCCUCCAGAAACACGCCGAAGACAUCGACGGUAUAUCGCCAAUGUUCUGUCAGAGCUUUUGGGAAAUAUCACGUGGCAAUACAGUGACACUACCUCCAUACCAUGGAACCAAGACGAUUCUGGAGGGAUGGGGUCGUUCGGCUUGGCAAUCGGAGAAAACGACACGGAUUAUCGAUAUACCGACAACGUGACAGACAGUGACGUCAUGAAUUUCAUCUGUGAAGACUGCAGUGGAACCUCUCAUAUGUCAUACGAAUUUGAUUUGAUUAUAAAGAAGAACGCCAUAAACGAACCAGAAAUUCAUCAUUAUCUUAACAAACUGGAAUCAAAUACCACAAUGAAGCUGAAAACAACUUUCCAAACUUCAAAAGACAUUAAAUUAACCUUGCAAAAAGAAAUGGACAAAUUUCGCGUUCCACCAACAAUGCUGUUCUCAGUACCCCUUGCGCACGUGCGAAACCUUCCGCCAGUGAUGUUGACGGUGAAGUAUACCGGAUCAACCCAUGUUGGUUUGCAAGUUGACACCCGAUCAGCCAUCAAUGUAGAAACCGACUUGGAAUUUGGAGGACAAUAUUCUUUUGUUCACGAAUAUAGCGGAACUUCAUCGCUAGGUGGAGACGUGGUACCUCACAACUGGACGUCCACUACGGGCCGCAAUACUGUUCAUAGCGACAAAGACAUGUCUCUCAACAUCUCUGUAUAUCAACAGAUAUUAUUCAAUACAACAAUUGGAUGGUUUGCACGCGACAUGGAGAUAGACUUUUCACCUCCAAUUAACUACAGACUGAAACCAACAAUCCGUAGUAAGUCUGUUGUCGGUGAUGUUCAACGUUGUACCACAAAAUCAGCAGACCUCACUGGUGAAUUCAAUGUUACAGAGGCCAGACUCACGGUCGAAGCUUUUGGAUUAUCUAUAUGGGAUAGUCUGAUAGCAGAAGGUUUCAACAAGCAGGUUAGCUUUGAAAAUGAUACUUUGUACCAAAAGUGUUCAGCCGAUUGUCCACGUUCUACAAAGACAUCACUGUAUGAUGGCCUAACAAUGUCGGAUGUUGUCGGAAAGCCAAAGACAUUGAUCAAAAGAACUGAUCCAGACUUCAAAAUUUUGACUCAAAUGUGGGGGGAUUCAGUCCUGUUCUCAUCGGAGGAGGCAAACUCAUCCUCCUGGUGUGGCACCCCUGGUCGUGCUUGUGGAAGCUGUGUUUAUCACGGAGCAGAGAACAUACAUCAAGAGUGUGCUGACCGUCUGAUGGUUCCAAAACUAGCCACAAAAAUCAGCCUUCUUGGGAAAUUCGUAGCUGCAGAAUGGCCAGACAAGAAACUUGUGGUUGUUGAAGCAUGGGACGAACCUACUUCCUUAAAUCCUCAUGGAAAGCACGGGAAUAAAAGCUUGUACUAUGAAGGAAGGGCAGCACAGUUGGCUUUAACUUAUACCAAUAACUCCUCGUCAAUUCCUCCUUCUCUUAUCAAAGACGAUGCCAAAAGCAACCGCCUUGAGCAAAUGGCUAUUUGUUCAGGUUUUCAGUAUGUUUCCAAUCUAAGAUCAGAGUCAAGUAUUGAAGUUGCAGUCGGUGAAAAACAGUCACGUACCGUUGAAGUUAGGAAAUUAAAGAAAGUUUCCCUCGAUAACAAAGACACAGCAGAUAAAGCAGCCAUGAUCAAUGCAAUGAAACGCCUUGAGUCUAUUUUACCCGGAAAGAAAUGUCCUGAUGUAGGCUUGGAUAGUCUGUCAUAUCGAGCAUCGUUUCCAUCAAAGUACCACAGCGAGGUGGAAGCGGUGGGUCCUCCACUUGGUCAAAUUCAUCGUGAAAAUGUAGAGGAAAUGAUCAAAUUGUACGAGUAUCAGUUCGACGAUUUUGUGUUCCUUCACGAACGUCGAAAGAAUCAGACUAAUGAACAAUGUGGUUCGAUGAGAAAAUGUCAAGAUGGCAACUUUUCGAAUUCAGAGGACCCAUGGACGUGGAGCGCUAAUCGUGUUAUGGCACCUAGACUUGCAUUUCGCAUGAGAAGAUUAGCUCUAAUUGCCAAAGGUGUAUCGGGACUACAAGGAUCAAAAAUCAUUGUCGAGAGAGCUUUCGCCGAUAAAGUGGAUCGGGAAGAAUCUCAUUUAUUUUUAGAGGGAAGAGGAGCGAGAUUAUCCGUGAGUGAGCAUCCAUCUGUUAAUAUUCCCAUUCUUGGACUUGCCGCAAUUUGCGCAGGAUUUGAUUUUGUUCGCAAUGUCGAUAAUGAAGCAAUCGAGGUAUUCGUUAAGCUGCAGGACGGGUUUAGAACAACUCUUAUUCCGUACCCUAGUGGCGAGGUGCUUCUUGCUGUUUCUCCACCUUCCGCAGAAAACAACGAAUAUUCGUACCCUGAAGGCUAUGAAUUUGAAAAUAAGAAGCCACUUCUUGUAGAUGGAGCAAGGAAAGAAAUAAAACUAUCUAAACAUUUCAAAGUGGGAGAUUUCAAAUUUGAAGGUCAUCGGUUCCUUAGGAUCGACUCAUCUCUUAUUGAAUGUCUUGAUCUAACGCAGCAGGGAUAUAAAGAAAAGAUACAAGUCCUGACUGGGUAUAGGCCAAAAUCUGCCAACGAACAGGAGGUUAUCUGGAAUCGAAGACAACUCGCAAGAUUUCAAAUGGGUCAAGCAGCCGAGAUAACGGUGAACAAUAACGAUGAAGUCCUAGUUUUGGCAAAGAUGCUGAUGGUGACGUGCACCCCGUUUCUCCGUUUACAGAGAAGAGGGCUAGGCAUCCAUGUGAAGCAUAGCAAUGAAUUAGGGGAAAACAGCAUAUAUGUGGACCUUUACCCUCUCAGAAAUGACAAUAGAAUGAUUGACCUGAAGAUAAACGUGGGAAAUAUCAAUAAAGAUACCGAGUGCAUGUGGGACGAAUUAAAGUUAUAUUGGUCAGAAAUAACUAAAGGUGGACCAGGAAUCAUACCUUAUGAUGUGAAGAGUGCAUGUAAAAAACCAGACCUUGAAAAGAAAAAUUAUCUCAACUUCAAUCUUAAAAGGCCUGGUUUUUGCCUACAAUUCCAUGACAAGAAAUUCUGCGAAAACUCUACACUGGCCAGAGAGAAACUAGGCAGAGAACUACUGAAACAACUCCAGAGCGUGGCAGGAACUGACCGGUUGAAUGUAGCAACAACUCGAGAUCAAAUUGAAAGGUGUAUAGUGACUGGCUGUGGUGGAUGUUCUGGAUCAGGAAGGAAAUGGGACGGUAAGGUGAUAGCUUGCUCUGAACUUGUGGACAACUUUAUGAAACAUGCCAGCAUACCACUGCUGAAAUCAGCAGAGAAAAUGUCUUUCUUUAAUCCGGAGAAUGUUGAUUCAGCUGCACAUGCUUAUGCCUGUAAACAAGAUGGAACUAAAUGUCAGGAAACCGUUCAGCUGUAUUCCAUAAUCCAAACUCUUCUUUCAAAAACGUACAAACCGAAUCCGAACACAAGCAUCGAGGAAGAGGUCUUCGGUGCAACCGACAAUCCUAGUCCUCUUCUCCAAAUCGUAGAACAGGAGAUCGCCAUGAAUGUUUCAGGAAAUGUUUCCAUUGUUAUAGACCGAUACAAAGACAUUUCAGCCCUACGAAGUGUUUUGAAGGUUUUGAUGAUCUACAACCGAAAUGUCAAUUUCGUAAAUUUCCACGUUAUGCAUGGAGUGAAUCCGGACAAGAUAGUGACAACUCUACAACGGAAACUUGAAACAUGGGCAGGCAUAUCCUGCCCUAAGUGGAGUAGGUUCGCAGCUGCUCCGUUCACUGUUAACGUUGUAUCAAAGGAGAGAAAGAGACGGAGUAUAGAGGACAGUCGUCAACGAAACGAAGCUCGAAAACGAAAACGAGAUUGGGAAAAGGAUUGGAUUUUAAGAUCGUAAUGCAUUAUUGGUUUGAAGCAUUGCAUAUAUUUAUCGACGUGUUGAAAUAAUAAAGCAUUAGCAUUCA